AUGGCGUCGCAAGACGUAGAAGGCAGCAAGAACGAAUUGCGGCAACAAGGUGCCAUUGAGGUGGCCCAGAAUGCCGCACAAGAUCCGCAGUCCGAUAUUCGCGCAGAGGAUGUCGAGAAGACUCUAGUCGAAGAGACCCGGAAGGCGGGCGUACCAGCCUACCAGUUCGACCCGGAUGCGUCUCCCGAGGCCAAAGCCGCUGCCGCUAGAGCUCGGCUGCCCCCCGGGUUUCACCACGAGCAUAAACCAACAGGCGUCGCUAUUAUCACGGAUAAGGAUGACGGCACGCCCGACCAAUACGAUUUACCCCCUCCAAGAUCCGCAACCGACAUCCUGAAGGAAGAUGAGAAAGAUGCGACAGCGCAGACCAAUGGAGAGGCUUCCUCGGAGGAAGACUUGCGAUGGGCACGCGACCGGACGGGCUGGGCCCCACAGUUCGAACACCAGCCGACACAAGAGGAGAAAGAAGAGGGAACCCUGCUAGAUCACCAAACACUCUUGGAAGGAAAACUGGAUGAUAAAUUUUUCGGAGAUUGGUAUCAUAAUGCCGGUGUCAUCGUCUUCGCCUGUCUCGCAUCCUGGGUCGUUGCCGUGCUGGGCGGCGGACUGGCCUGGGUGUUUAUCAUCAUGGCCGCUUGCAGUACCUACUAUCGGACUUCGAUUCGGCGUGUUCGUCGAAACUUCCGGGACGAUGUGAAUCGUGAAAUGGCGAAGCAACGACUGGAAACGGACACCGAAAGUUUGGAAUGGAUUAACAGUUUCCUGGUCAAGUUCUGGCCCAUCUACGCUCCCGUUCUUUGCGAUACGAUCAUCAACUCGGUGGAUCAGGUUCUCAGCACUUCAACCCCCGCGAUGCUCGAUAGUCUUCGCUUGAAGACUUUCAUCCUUGGUUCGAAGCCGCCACGACUGGAGCACGUCAAAACGUACCCCAAGACUGAAGUCGACACCGUUAUCAUGGACUGGAAAUUCAGCUUCACACCCAACGACACUAUGGAUCUUACUGCUCGCCAGCUAAAGAACAAGAUUAACCCGAAGGUCGUCCUGGAAGUCCGACUGGGUAAGGGUGUGGUCAGCAAGGGUCUGGAUGUGAUUGUGGAAGACAUGGCUUGUAGCGGGUUGAUGCGCGUGAAGGUCAAGCUGCAAAUUCCCUUCCCUCACAUUGAGCGGGUGGAUGUCUGCUUCCUCGACCGACCGGAAAUCGACUACGUCUGUAAGCCUCUCGGCGGUGAUACCCUUGGUUUCGAUAUCAACUUCAUUCCUGGUUUGGAGACUUUCAUCAAGGAGCAGAUUCACAACAAUCUCGGUCCGAUGAUGUAUGCCCCCAACGUGUUCCCGAUUGAAAUUGCGAAGAUGCUGGCCGGCAACCCUGUCGACCAGGCCAUCGGUGUGGUCGCGGUUACGCUGCAUGGCGCUCGCCAAUUGAAGAAUCCCGAUGCUUUUGCUGGUACUCCGGACCCAUACGCUGUCGUCACCUUGAACAACCGCGUCGAGCUGGGCCGUACUAAGACCAUCCAUGACACGGACAGCCCGAGAUGGAAUGAGACCAUCUAUGUAAUCAUCACCUCUUUCGCUGAAUCCUUGACCAUCAUCCCCUACGAUUGGAACGAGUUCCGCAAGGACAAGGAACUGGGAACCGCAACCUUCCCGCUUGAUCGCUUGGAGCAGCAGCCGGAACAUGAGGGUCUCUUCCUUGAGGUGAUGGCUAGCGGCAGAUCUCGUGGCGCAGUUCACGCAGAUAUUCGCUUCUUCCCCGUCCUGGGUGGUAGACAGCUGGAGAAUGGUCAGGUUGAGCCGCCACCUGAGAUGAACACUGGUAUUGCUCGGUUCAUUGUUGAACAAGCCAAGGACUUGGAUGCGUCCAAGAGUUUGGUCGGUCAGCUUAAUCCGUACGGUGUCCUGUUGUUGAACGGCAAGGAGAUCCAUAUUACGAAGAAGCUCAAGCGCACCAACAACCCCAUCUUCCAGAACGCGGCGAAGGAGUUCUUGGUUACGGACAGGAAGAGCGCACGCCUUGGUCUCGUGAUCAAGGAUGAUCGUGACCUUGGCAAGGAUCCCAUUCUCGGUACCUAUCAAAUCAAGCUGAAUGACAUGUUGAAGAUGAUGGAAAAGGGCCAACAAUGGUUCCAUCUUCAUGGUGCUAAAACGGGCCGCGCUAAGCUGAUCCUUGACUGGAAGCCGGUGGCCGUCGGUGGCGUCCAUGGCGCUGGAUACGUUGAUCCCGUUGGUGUCAUGCGCUUUCACUUCAAGAGUGCAUCCAAUCUUCGAAACCUGGAAACCAUGGGCAAAUCUGAUCCUUACGUACGGGUUUUGAUCUCCGGCUACACGAAAGCACGGACCGUCACAUUCAGGAACAACCUGAACCCCGAGUGGGACGAGGUGGUCUAUGUGCCUAUCCACAGCUCUCGCGAGAAGAUCACGUUAGAGGUCAUGGAUGAGGAAACCAUCAACAGCGAUCGAUCACUAGGUGCCACAGAAAUCAAAGCUGGCGACUACGUUCGGGAGAAUGAGAAUGGCGAAUAUGAAGUUGAUGACGAGAAGCAGCUCAUCUCCAGCGGCCUCCGUCUUGGGAACGGCUCACCUAAAGGAACUUUGAACUACUCCGUGGCUUUCUAUCCAGCUCUUCCUGUUGUCAACCCCGAAGAAGAGUCCGAGGAGGAAUCGGAUGAUCUUAAUGGCGAGACGGAGGGUACGGAACUGAGUCGGAAAAGCACGGAGUCUAAGCGCAAGAGUGCGGCCGGACAUUCCAAGUCUGCCAGCAUCGAUUCCAAGACCUCUGCUGCUCCUAAUGGAACCAAUGGAACCAAUGGCACCAAUGGAACUACUACGAACGGUCAUGCGGAUGCUGCAAGCAGCCGUGCUAGCCUCGAUACAAACGGAACUCGCCCGCAAACUGCCAAGGAUUCGGAGACGAUGUCCAUCAGAUCAAUCAAGGAAGCUCCCAAGACGUACAUCGCUGUGGAAGACCUUCCCAAAUACGAGUGCGGCUUCCUGGUGUUCAACGUUCACGAGGUUCAGCUUUCCCGACACAAUGUCCAGGUGGAAAUCUUGAUGGACGAUUACAUGUUCCCUGCGUACAGCUCUCCUAAGCUCCGUACGAAGGCAGCCAAGCUUGAGGAUGUUGGUGACGCAUUCGUUCGUGAGCUCGAAUUCUCCAAGAUCACGAUGCGCAUCAUCGACAAAAAAGACACCAAGGAUGAGAGCGACGAUCACACGAUCGCCAAGUUGACGGGUGAUACGCUUUCCACUCUGCAGCGAAUUCUGUACACCCCUACUGAGUUGGUCCUUCGGUCCAAUGACGGAGAAAUCAGCAAGAUCACUGUCAGUGCCCGGUACAUCCCGGUCCAGAUGAAGCUCGACCCCACUGAGAGUAUCAACAACAUGGGUACUCUGCGGGUGGACGUCAUGGAUGCCGCCGAUCUCCCCUCGGCCGACCGCAACGGCUACAGUGACCCGUACUGCAAGUUCCGCCUCAAUGAUGAGAUGGUGUACAAGACCAAGGUACAGAAGAAAACGCUCCACCCGGCCUGGAAUGAAUUCUUUGAAGCUCCUGUCAAGUCCCGCCUUGGAGCGUCUUUCCGGGUCGAUGUGUACGACUGGGACUUCGGCGACAAGGCCGAUUACCUGGGCGGAACACCGAUCGAUCUUCAGGUCUUGGAACCUUUCCAGAGCAAAGAAGUGACAUACCCCCUCGAUGGCAAGUCCGGUGCAAUUCGGUUGAAGCUGCUGUUCAAACCGGCCUAUGUGGUCCGGUCGCGACAAGGGUCCUCGACAUUCCACGGCACAUUCGCCACCCCCGGCAAGAUUGUCGGCGCCCCCGUCAAGGGUGUGGGAUUCGUUGGUGGCAAUGUGAUCAAGGGUGCGUCUUUCCUGAAGCAUGGUCUCAUGUCACGAUUCCGUGCGGAAGACGAGGUUGUGGAAGAGGCCGAAGAAGCCCCCGCGGCCGAAAGUAGCCUCGCCCCGGCAGCUGUCCUUGUGGAGGGCGAGACACCGCCUAGCUCUACCCCGAAGAACGAACUGCAGCACGCGCGCAGCCGCAGCGUCGCCUCUCACUAUGGGGACCGACUUGGGGUGAACGGCAAGGGCGAGGCUGGCACGGCCACCAUCUCGAUUGUUUCUGCAAGCGGAUACCCGCCCAACGCACACGUGCGGGUGUUUAUCAAGGCGGUUGGCCCCAAAGGCGCCAAAGAUGUUCUGAAGACCAAGGCCCACAAGACGGGUGGUGGACCUGUGUUCUAUGACCCGUCGCAUGAGACCUGUCGGGUGCAUAACACCACUGCUGAUGCGCAGUACCAGGUGCGAGUGGUUGACCAUGCCACUUUUGGGUCGGACACGGUGCUGGGUGAAGGGAUCUUCUUCGUGGACGAUCAGGGAUCUGUUGCUGGACAAGACAAGUCGGUCAAGGCGGGCAGUGGCACGGUCACACUCCGGAGCAGUUUUGCGGUAACGGAAUCCACUCUUCGGCCCGGCACUGCGCACUCCAACACGAACGAUGCCGCGUCGGAGGUGAUGGACAGCCCUGAUUCCAAGAAGGCCGGUCGACGCAGCUUCCUCAGCAAGCGGAACGUCAGCGGAGCUUGA